AAAGGGUGCUGAAACACCGCGAGCAGCUGAGCCGCAGUUCGCCCUGCUUCGGUGGGGAGGCAACGCACUCACACGGAGCCACUGCACCGGGACAUGACUGGUGGCAACUAGAGCUAAGUAUCGGCUUCCCGCGGAGAAACGGAAAACACCUGAAAUAUACAACGUUUGUAUACAUAUCUAUUUUUUACCAGAGAGGUGUGUGCGCCCGCAGCAACGACACUGCGCGAAGCUUUAACUUUGGGCUCAUCAUUUUGUCAUAGUUCUUAGGCUGACGUUUAGCAUCUUCGACUGCACAUGAACAGGCUGCGUCUCUUAGUUUGGUGUUGUUGGUAAAUGACCCACUAGCUAGUGGGCGACUCGCUACAUUAGACUCGCACAUGAGUGAACCGGCUCUGGCGGUGGAACUGGCAUGGAGCUUUUCCCCAGGAAACUGAUGAAGACUUAUCGCGGCGCUCUCAGCACGGAGCACUUUACGGGAUUUUGUAGUACCAUCAGGGCUUCUACGGCACCAAACUACCUACACCGCGAGUAAAACUCGUCGAGGACUUCUUGCGGACCCCGGUCGACCCGCGACGGAUUCCCUCCGCGCGCGCGGACCAUGGCUCCCGCCUCGCGGAGCAGCUGCGUCUGGUUGCUGUGGAAACGGACUUUCCUCGCGCUGUGGCUGUGUGCGCUCGUGACGCGCGGAGCGGAGGACGACGCCCCCUUCAGCUCAGAGUCAUGGCUGCGGAUGUACGGUUACCUGCCCCAGGCCAGCAGACAGAUGUCCACCAUGCGAUCGGCUCAGAUCCUGUCCAACGCCAUCAGCGACAUGCAGCGCUUCUACAGCCUGGAGGUCACUGGACUCAUGGACCCAGAAACCAUCAGUGCCAUGAGGAGACCCCGCUGCGGUGUACCAGACAAAUUCGGAGGCCAGAUCAAAACCAACGUGCGGAGGAAGCGCUUUGCCCUCACGGGACACAAGUGGAACAAGAGCCACCUCACUUACAGCAUCCAGAACUACACUCCCAAGAUCGGGGAGUACAACUCGUACGAAGCCAUCCGUCGGGCGUUUAAAGUCUGGCAGAGCGUGACCCCGUUGACCUUCGACGAGAUCCCCUACCAGGAGAUCAAAUACGGCCGCCGCAAAGAGCCCGACAUUAUGAUCUUCUUUGCGUCGGGUUUCCAUGGAGACAGCUCUCCCUUUGACGGGGAGGGAGGCUUUUUGGCACACGCCUACUUCCCCGGACCGGGGAUGGGCGGGGACACUCACUUUGACUCGGAUGAACCGUGGACCAUAGGGAACGAGAACAUACAAGGCAAUGACCUCUUCCUGGUGGCCGUCCACGAGCUGGGCCACGCGCUGGGUCUGGAGCACUCCAACAACCCGCUGGCCAUCAUGGCUCCCUUUUACCAAUGGAUGGAGACGGAGAACUUCCAGCUGCCCGAGGAUGAUCUGCGGGGCAUACAGCAGAUCUAUGGCCAACUCGGCGGCGGCCCCACUCAGGCCCUGCCCACUGUGACGCCCCGUCGACCGGAGCCCAGGCCCCCUCAGACACCACCUCGGAACCCUGACCGCCCCAGGGCCACCGAAAGGCCCGAUCACUACGGACCCAACAUCUGUGAAGGGAACUUUGACACGGUCGCCAUGCUGCGAGGGGAGAUGUUCGUUUUCAAGGGCCGCUGGUUCUGGCGGGUGCGUAGGAACAGGGUUCUGGAUAACUACCCCAUGCCCAUCGGCCACUUCUGGAGGGGUCUGCCCGGGGACAUAGACGCCGCCUACGAGAGACACGACGGCAGGUUCGUCUUCUUUAAAGGAAACAGAUUCUGGCUCUUCCGGGAGGCCAACCUGGAACAGGGCUAUCCAAUGGAGCUGGUCGAUUUCGGUCGGGAUAUUCCCUACGACCGGAUAGACGCAGCCAUCUGGUGGGAGCCCUCGGGCUUCACCUACUUCUUCCAAGGAGACCGGUACUGGCGCUUCAACGAGCAGUCGCGCCACGCUGACCGAGGCUACCCGAAACCAAUCAACGUGUGGGGAUCGUCAGUGCCCUCAUCUCCCAAGGGAGCCUUCCUCAGUGAUGACGGCGCACACACCUUCUUCUAUAAGGGCUCCAAGUACUGGAAGUUUGACAACCACCGCAUGAAGAGCGAACCAGGCUACCCCAAGUCCAUCCUGAGGGACUUCAUGGGCUGCAGCGCGGACCCGGACAGAGACACGGACGCCGACGCGGGACGCAAGUAUCCGGACGUGAACCGCCCGCCCCGCAACCCGGACACGGGCGGCCGCGAUGGCGACAAGGGCAAAGGCGCCGACGGGACGGACGGCGGCGCGACGGACAAGGACGCGGGCAAAGGGUCGGAAGACGGCAAAGACGAAGACCACCGCGAGGGCCGCGAGGUGGACACAAACGAGGUGGACGUUGUGCUGAAGGUGGACGACAGCGAGGAGCGGACCAUGAACAUCCUGAUAGUGACCAUCCCGCUUGUCCUGGUGCUGUGCAUCCUGGGACUGAUCUACGCCAUCAUCAACACGCUGCAGAGCAAAGGGGCGCCGCGGCUGCUGGUGCACUGCAAGCGCUCGCUGCAGGACUGGGUCUGACCCCUUGACCUUACGGGGGGACGCUGAACUUUGGACCACAGACACCGCCCUCCAUUUAACCAAGCUCUCUUCCCACUGACCACUCUCAGUCCACGUGCUAAUAGAUCCAUUACUGUCUUACUGACACACACCUCCUCCUGUCUCCACACGGUGCUCCACAAUACGGCGACUGUAGUCUAUUUAUACGAGAGAAGUUUGCACAUUGUUUUUUCUGCGCCACCCUACUCGUCAGCCACGGCCCCAGCAGAGUCGGUAAUGUGAUGCUACCCAUGCUGUCAUCAAAAAAACACAUGCAAAGGCGAUCUGGGAAUGUGGGGAAAUUGGUAAAAGCAUUUGGAAACCCGCAAACCCCUCAUGAGAAAAAUAAAAAUAAAUACCCAAACAGACUGUAUUACUAGGUCUAGUUUGACCCAUCAUACUUGCCGUAGUUUUGCACACAUAGUGUCACUUUCGGCAUACAUUCAAAUAAAGUAGUUCAGACGG